UUACCUGAACCAUUAUGGCCUUAAACUUCGACUCUAAAUGCAUUUUUGCAAUCCUUUUCCUCUUGGGGAUGUGCGCUUAUGAAGCCACUUCUCGCACCCUUGAAGAAAGAUCCUUACUCCCACAGCUUCAUGAGCAGUGGAUGGCUCAACAUGCACGUUCCUAUAAGAAUGAUGUUGAAAAGGCCAAUCGGUUCAAAAUAUUUAAACAAAACUUAGAAUACAUCGAGUCUUUCAACAAAGCUAUCAACCGAUCCUAUACACUGGGUCUCAAUAAAUUUGCAGAUAUGACUUCUGAAGAGUUCAGAGCCAAAAUGCUUAAUAUCGACAGCAUUCUCUACCACCCUAAUUGGCUACACCCAAGAAACCCAUUUGGGAAUGAUAGCCCGAGUGAUGUUCCGGACAAUGUGAGUUGGAUAGAAAAGGGAGCGGUUACUGAAGUCAAAGAUCAAGGCGAUUGCGGUGCAUGCUGGGCAUUUUCGGCGGUUGCAGCAGUGGAAGGAAUAAACCAAAUUAAGACCAAGAAACUAGUGUCGUUGUCGGAGCAACAACUUCUGGACUGCGACAAGAACGGCUAUGGCUGCAAUGGCGGCUUGAUCACCGAGGGAUUCCAAUCUAUACAGGACAUCGGCGGCCUUAUGUCCGAUUCCGACUACCCGUACGACGGAAACCAAGGAAUGUGCAACCGCCAAGGCCAAUCGGCGGCAACCAUCACCGGCUAUCAGAGAGUGGAACAGGGCGAAGCCGCCCUCCUUGAGGCCGUGAGCAAACAGCCCGUCUCCAUCGGCAUAACGAUCGGCGGCGACGACUUCCAGUUGUACUCGAGCGGCGUCUUCAACGGCGAUUGCGGCAGUGGGUCCCAUCACGCCGUUACGGUCGUGGGCUAUGGCGCCACCGCCGAUGGAGAGAAGUAUUGGCUGGUGAAGAAUUCAUGGGGUACAAGUUGGGGCGAGAAGGGAUACAUAAAAAUGGCGAGGGGCGAUGGUGAUGAAGGACUUUGUGGCCUUGCCACAAAUGCUGUUUACCCUAUGCUGGAAAUGUGAUUAAUUAAGUAAAAACCUUGAUUUCAUCGAAGAACGUAACGUUAAUUUGGAUAAUUAACUCAAUUAUGGUACUCCAUAAUCCUAUUUCGUAAGUGUUUUAUGCAAGUUAUUUUGCAUGCAAGGUGACAGUUUUAUUUUGUAUUUGAAAUAUGAAUUGUAUUAAUGAUUAUGGAGUA